AUGGUGUUAUCCUUUCGAAGCAUAUUCCAGAGCGAGAGCCAGCGCCAAGUGGAAGCCGAGGCUCGCAACAUUGGCCUCGCCCACUCCAUUCGAGAUCUUAUCACCGGUUCAAACCAUGAGACACAUGUUGACAGCUACCAGAAGAAGAAGGCGGUGAAGGCGCUGCAGAAGGCUAAACCCGCAGAGGUCAACGAUUUGAUCAAUAUCUUGAAGGCAAUGCCGGAUCCUACGGUGGUCGAGUUCAAAGAGAUUCAUUCUCGAGAGGCCAGUCGACACCAUCAUCCUCCCGCUCCAACCCCACCAACCCCACCAACCCCACCAACACCAGUACUAGCACCGGGACCUCGGGAACCAAAGCCGUCAAUUGGAGGUGCAACGACAACACCACCUGCUACUACGGAACCAGCAGACGAUAAGGAAGGAGGAGGAUCAUCGAAGGACAAGGAAGGGGAAGAGGAAGAGGCGGAGGCGGUUAAGGCGCCUUCUUCGUGGUGGGCGGUUUCAUUUGCUUCGCUGAAGGCGACGUUGAUUUCUGGACCUGCAGUUGGGGAGCCCUCGAUUACGACGACGACUACAACUGUGACGACUAUUACGAUGACCGCGGAGGAGGUCAAGAAGGCUGCUGCUGAGGCUGAAGCUGCUGAGGCUGCCGAGAUAGAAGAAGCAAAGGCAAAGGCAACGGAACAAGAAGCGGUAGCGACAGCGCCAGAUGUAGUAGUAGAAUCCACGGCAGUCAAGAAGGACAAGGAAGUCGCCAAGGCAACAGCGACAGCAAAAGCAACAGGAACAGGAACGAACAAGAACAUCGGCACCAUUACCUCGUCAACAACUGUCGCCAACACAAAAACAACCGCCGACAAGACAACCCUCGUCUCAACCCUGAACUCGAUCAAGAAACAAAUCGUCGCCCUCACAAAGACCCCGCCCAUCGACGUGAUCAGUGCCUACACCUACUGGUGGGGGUACGAGAUCUAUGUCCCCCACAAGUGUAUGAACAAGCUGCAGCGGGUCAGUAAUACCAGUCAGAUCUUUUUUGGGUUCUUGAGUGGUGCUGUGGCGGGAAUGCCGGGGUUGGCGGCGUUGGUGCCGUUGUCGAGGAUUAUCUCUGCGUGGGUGGGUUUUCAAUGGGCUAUUAUCCAUGCGGAGGAUUUGGGGAAGGGUGUUGUUCUUUCUGCUACCUGGUAA